AUGCAGAGCGACCUGCCUCGUCUGCUCCAUCCGUCCAACUCUCCACCCCUUUCCCGUCGUCCCCAUUGCGCCCUUCCUCGCCUCUCCGAGCUAGACAGCUACUCACGUACCGCUCCCUCUGCAUCCGCUAUAGCUAGCCCUCCAUCAUUCGCUUCUAUCAACGCUCGUCCUCAUCCGCUACCUCGGAGCGACACGGCAACUUCACCUCCACACCCAAAUGUGCCGUUGACACCACCUCCCACUUCUCGUCUUCAUAGCCCGCCUGUUACUGCACCGACCGAGAGGGAGAAUUGGUCGUCAGUCAAAACUCUGCCCCAUAAUGCUGGGAACCGGCAGGCCCAGGUUGACCAGACCGGCCCUCGACUGCCACGCAUAUCGGACAUCCCGCCUGCGGCGACGUCACGUUCCGAGUCCACAUCGUACCCCCCAAGAUUAUCUUCCCCUACAAACCCUCAGCGAAAUGGGUCACGGGACACGGAUUCUGAGCCGGCCGGCUCCCAUAGCCCGUGCUCACCGUCAUCUUCAGCAUGCUUUGGCGUAGUGAAAGGCGAUAGUGGCGCCAUCGAUGACGCGCAGACGGUCCCAUCAGUGUCGCCGUUCAAGAGACCCGCACGUCCGACCACACCACCAUCACAUCCGUCCGCCGCCAUCACCACCGCAACCCCACAGUCGUCACAAUCUGUCAGCGUCGGUCCACCAAACGGAAACUCGUCGGGGGGUCAGGCGCUCCGCUACUCUGCUCCUCCGUCCCCCGCAGAAACUCCCAAGGGCUCUACCAAAGGACUCCAGCAUACUGCUCCGUCUCAAUCGCACAUGGUUCGCUUCGUCGGGCGAUCCAACAGUGCCGAGGCAAUGCCUCCGCCCAGUUCUCCGUCCCAAUGUACUGCAGAUCGUUCAGGGAGGACGAGGUGGCAUUCGUCCAAGAACACUACCGUACCUGUUUCCCCCUCGUCGAUACCCGCAGCUGACAGUGGGUUCAAUGCUGGGCGCAUCGCUACGAAAUUGCAACCCGGUCUUGGAGCAUACCCUUCGCAUCGCCCGGAUGGGCGAAUGGUUGGCUCGCUUGCAACCCUGAAGUGUGACUCGUGCAAAGUCCAGUUCGUUGACGGAGCAGAUGCACUUGUAAUGCAAUUCAGCCCAUAUCCCCAUAGAUUUCAAUGCCAGGAUUGCCAGGCGAAAGCAGCACGCGAAAUUGAGCAUCAUACCCAGACGCAAGGCAACAAACGAAAGUCCCCUCCCUUUUCUGACUCUUCGGAAGAGGAGGCACCCUUCAAGACGCGCAGAGUGACUCCUGACAGGCCCCCGUCUGCAGGCCGUGAACCGGACUGGUUUCCCACUUCUCGGCCAUCUAAUCCUGACGCCCGGCCACAGUCAGUAAAUCCCUUGCAUCCCUGGCCGGAUCAUCCGAGCAACGCUGAUCGGUUUACUAGGUUGUCUAUGUCUGCAGCGAGCGAGAUAUUCAAGGUGCUUGUCAAAAUCCCUGAAACAGACGAAGAGAUCUCUCAAAAUCGACUGCUGCGUGACACCGUCGCUAAACUGGGCCCACCGCAAGCGGAUCGAUUCGACGGUACUUGUUACCAGUAA